CCCGCCUUUCAGGAAACGAGCGGCUCUAAUCCGCGCAACGAAGGAAGCCUUCGGUGGCUUUCCUGCAGUAGCAAGAAGAGCCCCACAAGGCAAUAUCCGUUGCCGACCCUGCCCCACGGCAUGGGGUUAAUUCGGCUUCCUGAACAUGGAGGCUCCUUCUCUUUCCUGGGCAGCUCCAGACUUUUCCUACCGAGACGAGAGAAGGACAGAGCUUCAUUUUCAGCGUAAGAGUCCCUGAGAAGCAGGCGACCGUCUUCGGCUUGAAGAGCACGUGUUGAUAUCCACACCCCAGGAAGAAAGGCGCCACCUCAGACUGGCGUCUGGACCAGAGGAGAACAAGAGGGGAAGGGACAACAACAUCCCGCCACGCCAUUCCCGAUUGGCAGCUCCGCGCUUGAACUGGAAAGCAGGAAGAGAGGGGGCAGCCGCGGUGGCUGUCGCGCGCAUGCGCACUCCAGAGGUGAUGUCUCGGGCUUCCUUCCUCUUGGCUCCUCCCACUCCCAGCCUCCGUGGUGGGACAGCAAUACCACACAUCAUGAGGGCAGAAAAAGAGAUACAAGGAAAAAGCCAUCUGCACCAGUAUAGAAGCCUGAACAACUAUUUCAUGAUGAACAUAGAUGAUGAAGAAAAUAUGAGUAAGGUCCUGCAACGAAGGCAUUGUAAGUUACUCUUUCUGGGCACCACAGGUUCAGGCAGCACUGAUAUUAAAGAGAACCGCAACAUGGACAACAUUCCACCUAAAGAAGGGACUGUGCAAGGUGCUGGGGAGGGGAAUCAGCUCCCUAAUGGUGGAGGCACUAGCAGCAGGAAGCGGCUGUUGGAUGAGGGAAGCAAUGGCCAUUCCAAGUUCCGCCCAAAGAAGAAGAAGAAAACUCCAGGUCCAGUGCUGCCCAAGAAUGCCCUGAUGCAACUGAAUGAAAUCAAGCCUGGUUUACAGUACAAGCUCCUCUCCCAAAGCGGACCAGUUCAUGCUCCAAUUUUUGUGAUGGCGGUAGAAGUUAAUGGGCAGAUGUUUGAAGGGUCUGGCCCCACAAAAAAGAAAGCAAAACUCCAUGCGGCUGAGAAAGCUCUGAGGUCCUUUGUUCAAUUUCCUAAUGCAUCAGAAGCUCAUCUAGCAAUGGGUAGAACUCUUUCGGUAAAUACAGACUUUACUUCUGACCAGGCCGAUUUCUCAGACACCCUCUUCAAUGGGUUUGAAAAUCCAGUUCAGUCUGACCAUUCCUUUUACUUGGAAUCCAAUGGAGAUGGUUCCUUUACCUCCAAUCCAGAUUUCAGCCUCUCAUCCGUUGUGGCUAGUAGUUUUAUCCAGUCAUCUCUCCCUGCCCCAUCACCAUAUGCAUCAACCAGUGGGAAGAAUCCAGUGAUGAUACUAAAUGAACUUCGACCAGGGCUAAAGUAUGAAUUUAUUUCAGAAAGUGGAGAGAGUCAUGCCAAGAAUUUUGUAAUGGCUGUGUCAGUGGAUGGCCAAACGUUUGAAGGUUCUGGACGGAACAAAAAACUGGCAAAGGCUCGGGCAGCUCAGUCAGCUCUCGCAUCUUUGUUUAAUAUGCAGCUGGACCAAACACCAUCUCACCAACCUAUUCCUAGCGAGGGCCUCCAGUUACACUUGCCACAGGUUUUAGCUGAUGCUGUUGCACGCUUGGUCGUAGAGAAAUUCAGCGAUUUGACAGAUAACUUUACAUCACCUCAUGCACGUAGAAAAGUUCUAGCCGGUGUUGUCAUGACAACAGGUACUGAUGUGAAAGACGCUCAGGUUAUAAGUGUUUCUACAGGAACAAAAUGUAUUAAUGGAGAAUAUAUGAGUGACCGUGGUCUUGCUUUGAAUGAUUGCCAUGCAGAAAUUAUAGCUCGGAGAUGCCUACUUAAAUUUCUUUUUACACAACUUGAACUACAUUUAAGCAAUAAGGAAGACCAGCAAAAAUCUAUUUUUAUCAAGUCAGAACAAGGUGGCUUUAAAUUGGAUGAAAAUGUGCAGUUUCAUCUCUAUAUUAGCACCUCCCCUUGUGGUGAUGCUCGGAUUUUUUCUCCACAUGAAGCUGCCCAAGAAGAUCAAGGAGACAGACACCCAAACCGGAAAGCAAGAGGUCAGCUACGGACAAAAAUUGAAUCUGGGGAAGGAACGAUCCCUGUCCGUUCUACAACUACGAUCCAAACAUGGGAUGGAGUACUUCAGGGAGAGAGGUUGCUUACUAUGUCUUGCAGUGAUAAGAUAGCUAGGUGGAAUGUACUUGGUAUUCAAGGAGCUUUACUUAGCCUCUUUGUAGAGCCAAUAUACCUCUCAAGCAUUAUCUUGGGAAGUUUGUAUCAUGGAGAUCAUUUGUCCAGGGCAGCAUACCAGCGGAUAGCAGAGAUUGAAGAUCUACCAUCUCUCUAUGUACUUAACAGACCUUUACUCAGUGGUAUUAGCAAUGCUGAAGCCCGUCAGCCAGGAAAAGCACCUAAUUUCAGUGUAAACUGGACAGUUGGGGAUGCUGGGCUGGAAGUUAUUAAUGCUACAACAGGCAAGGAUGAGCUUGGUCGUGCAUCCCGUCUUUGUAAGCAUGCACUAUAUACUCGCUGGAUGCGUGUUUAUGCAAAGCUUCCUGCCAGUCUUCAUUCAAAAGUCAAUAAGCCAAAUAUAUAUCAUGAAACAAAACAGGUCGCUGUGGAAUAUCAAACUGCCAAAGAGUGUUUGUUUAAAGCAUUUCUGAAGGCUGGCCUUGGGGCCUGGGUGGAGAAGCCUAUAGAGCAGGAUCAGUUUUCCCUGGUUGUCUGAAUUAUGGUUUGCACUUUGUGGAACCCUGAUGAAAGGUCCAGUUUCUGUAUCAACAUUUCAUCCGGUCAUCUAUAACAGCAGCUUUUUAACUUUUGUGAUUUGGGGAACUAACUUGUGAUUAAUUAAUUUUGGUUUUGUUAAGUUAAUUCAAACUAAAGAAAAACUGAUAAUAUAGUAACUAGUUUAGAAUCAAACAAAAUUAUUUGAUUACUAUCUCAAGACUAUCUUUGCAGGAAAAAAUCGGUGCAAUUUUUUCAAUAAUUCAUCCACACUUUUUAACAAUUAUUUUAAUAAAUUGCUGUCAGAUGCAUAUAUGAUGCACACGGGAUAGGAUUUUUACAUGCCACUCAAGUAUGUACUUUAACUUUGUGUUCUAUUUUCAGAGCCUUAGAAAAAAGAAAAAAAUUAUGCACUUUUAGAGUUUUAUUUUUAAAUUGAUUAAUAUCAUAACAAUGAUAGAAAUUACAAAACUGGACUGGUGUUUAGACAGUUUUUCCUGCUUCUGUCCACACCCUUAAAACACAGCUGCUGAAAACCUUUGUCUUUGCUGUGUGUAUGUGAUAGUUUUUAACAUGCUACUUUCUAUUCCAUUUUAAAAUACUUGUCUUCAAUUAGCGUUUAUAUACAUUGUGACGUUAUUGGUUUUUACCAUUGUAAACUGGAAACUGUUUGUAAACUAAUAGAGUAUAGACUUCAGUUUAGAUGUAGGUGGUUCUUUGUUUCACAGGAACCUUCUAAAUUACCACAGUAACAUUAUCCCAAUGUGGUGGCCAUUUCAGAACAUUUUUUCCUUUGUGAGAAACUUGCUGAUUUGCCAAAAACCUACUGCACAUGUGCACCACAACAGUUAAAUGAGUAAAAGGUUAUUCUAAGUUAAAUUAUAUGCUCUUUUAAGAUUUAACUUAUUUUCAGCCAAACUGUAUAUAACUAUGAGGUUAUGCUGCCUGUGACUGUAAACAUGUGGAUAUAAAACUACCUAUCCAGAUUAUUCUGCAAUGUAGUUUUGUUUGAUCUAGUAAAAUAGGAAUAAAUGUUGAGCACCUA